UGCGCUCGCUUAAUCACGUGCACGCGUUUUCCAGGAAUGUUGGCAACUCCUUCCAAGCUGUUUCGCUUACCAUCACCGACCGACACGACUACUACACAAACUCACAACCAUCACCAACACCACCAACACCACCAACACCCCCAUUCUACCACCGCUGCCGCCGUUCCUAUCCAUCUUAUUAGACCACAUAGCCCAUAAUCACGACCAUGCCACCCAGCGAGACCUCAACCUCGCCUGCGCCCGAGGCCUCAUCAGCGCCCGCGACACGCGCCACCUCCACCUCCAACACCCCCGAGCCCAUCCCGUCCAGCAGCAGCGCCAGCACCGGCACCGAUGCCGCCAAAGCGCGAAUGGACCGCUGGAAAGCGCUUCAAAGCCGAGCCAAAAAAUCGUCCGCCACAAACCUGAAAGAAGUGUAUGCCGAGCGGCGCCGCCAGGCGGUCGACCCGUCCACUACAUCGAAGCUGCAGCGUAAAAAGGCCGAGGCGGAGUUUAAGCUGGCGAAGGUGGAGACGGCGGAGCAGGGCGAGGACUUUGAACGCAAGCGGGCAUGGGACUGGACUGUCGAGGAGUCGGAACGCUGGGAUCGGCGCAUGGAGAAGAAGAAGCGCCAUGUCGAGGAUGUCGCUUUCCAGGACUAUACCCAGACGGCCAGGAAGAUGUACAAGAAGCAGAUGAGGGAGCUGAAGCCGGACCUGGACGGAUAUGGCGCCGAGAAGGCGAAGUUGAUGAAGGAUGGGACCGUGGUGGAGACGGAGGAUGGCGAGUUGGUGGUUGUCGAUCGUGAUGGCACAUUCUAUGCGGACGCCGACAGUCUGGGCUUCGUCGAUAACAGGCCGAAGAAGGAGGCCGUGGACCGGUUGGUGUCGGAUCUUAAGAAGGCCGAGGACGCCAGGAUGAGUCGGAAGCGCGGUGGAGAGGACGAAGACGUCACAUACAUCAACGACAAGAACAAGGCGUUCAACCAGAAGCUGGCGAGGGCGUACGGCAAGUACACCAAGGAGAUCAGAGAUUCGUUCGAGAGGGGCACCAUGAUCUAGAGGGUGUCGACGACGACAACGGGUUUUGUUU